AUGGAGGUGUAUGUCGAGGACAUGUUGGUAAAAAGCCGAACGGCAGGGGAGCAUCUGGAAAACCUGGCCCUCAUGUUCGGUAUUCUAAAGGACUACCGAAUGCGGCUGAAUCCAGCGAAGUGCGCCUUCGGUGUAUCUUCCGGUAAAUUUCUCGGGUUCAUGAUCAGUCAAAGGGGAAUCGAGGCCAAUCCCGAGAAAAUCAAAGCCAUAAUCGACAUGGAGACGCCGAAGACGCAGAAGGACAUUCAGAGCCUUACCGGACGUGUCGCUGCCCUAACACGCUUCAUCUCCAAGGCUACCGACAAAUGCGUGCCAUUCUUCAAAGCUUUGAAAGGGGGCAAACACCAUAUCGCAUGGACUCCCGAAUGCGACCAGGCAUUUCAAAACUUGAAGAACUACAUGAGCCAGGCACCACUCUUAUCAAAACCACUUCCAGGCGAGGUACUACUCCUAUACCUUUCGGUAUCCAACACUGCCGUUAGCUCAGUGUUAAUACGGAAGCCGGAGAAGGCGGAGCUACCGAUCUUUUAUGUCAGCAAGGCGCUCCAGAGCGCAGAGCUUCGUUACCCACCCUUGGAGCAGCUAGCACUGGCCCUGGUCGUCUCGACGCGAAGACUUCGCCCUUACUUCCAGGCGCACGAAAUCACAGUUCUGACGAACCAGCCUCUUCGGCAGGUACUCCAAAAGCCGGAAACAUCUGGCCGAUUGGUCAAAUGGGCAAUCGAGCUGGGAGAGUUUGACAUACAGUUCAAGCCCAGGCCUGCAGAAAAAGGCCAAGCCGUUGCCGACUUCAUCUCCGAGCUCACACCUCCUGCGCUAUCGGAGCCAUCAUCGCCGAGCGCCAUCCCUCUUGAACCAGAGAAAAUGGAUACCGAACGUUUCAAUACUUCCGUUCCUCUCUGGAUCCUGCACGUGGAUGGCUCGGCAAACCAGCAAGGCUGUGACGCCGGGUUGGUGUUAACCACUCCUGACGGUAGCAAAAUCGAGUAUGCCCUCCGAUUCAACUUCCGGACCUCCAAUAACGAUGCAGAAUAUGAAGCCCUCCUGGCUGGCCUUCGGCUAGCCAAGAGCAUGAGCGCGAGGCAGAUCAGCAUUCACAGUGACUCCCAGCUCAUAGUAAAUCAGAUAACGGCAGACUUUGCAGCGAAGGAUGCCUCCAUGUCAGCCUACCUCUCGGCAGCUCACCAAGUUGGACUGCCGAACGGUAGGGCCACGAUUCCUUCCGAAGACAACUUCAAAUCCCCUUCCGAGAACUCUCACAAGGGGACUUGGGGGACUCCUGUUUAUACCAAAAUGAACAGCCAAUGA